AUGGCUUCCUCUCCUCACUCUACUGAUGAGAACACCAAUCAUGGAACUCCAUCCACCAACCUGACUGCGUUCACUCCUGAGGCCGACUUCGGGUCCAAGGGACGUGCCUCUGACUUCGUUCGCCCUGUCUUGAAACUUCGUCCUACCAAUCCCAAGCAUGCCAGUGUCUGCGAUGAGUCUGAAGAAGAUGUCUUCCUUACCGCCCCUGUUGCCGCCAAAGGCCAACAACUCUCUCCCACUGCUGAAGUCUUCACUCCAAGAUUGUCCAAUGGCUUCAUGAAGAAAGAGGCUCAGGCUCAGGCUGGAUACGUUGACCGUGCUCAAGAUACCGUUGGAUCGCGCAUGCCUGCUAAGUUCGCGUAUUUCCCCGUCAACGUUCCUGGAGCUCCGCGUCCUGCUCAAGUCCCUGCUGUCAAUCCAAAUGCUGCUCGCUAUGGAUUUGGCUUGCUGAAACUUGAUGAGACUCCCUUCAAUCACGUCGCUGGUGUCUUCCUCCAUGACUUCAACAUCACUGAAGGUGUCUUCAGUCUUGAUGAGGGUAUCUCUCGUUCCUUUGUCGUCACCGGUGUGCCACUUCAGUUCACUUCGCAGGUCAUCAGCCGCCACUUUCCGAUUGAAUACUUCCCAAGCAUCAGAGGAAUCAACUCCACUGCAAUCUCCAGCGGCCUCUUCGUUGUGUCCUGCGCUGAUAUUCGCGAUGCAAAGCGAGCUGCGGACGUCGCCAACGCCAUCUUGCCGUACAGCUACAUCUUUCCCCUCAAGGCAAAGAAGUACACUUCGGACAAUGGUGGAGACCCGUCCCUCGUCACCGAUCAUGAAGGACAAAUCAUCGUCAGUAUCUACUACAAUGGACAUGCCACUGCACCACCGGUUGAAGCAGCCCCUAUUGUUGCUGAGGUCAGACGUCUUCUUGCCCAAUGUGGCGACGUGAAGGCUUUUCAUACCAUCCCCACUACCCAGACUCACGUCCGCGAGAUCCGUGUGGAAUUCUUCAAUGCCGACCUCGUUGAGGUUGCCAAGGAUGUCAUUCGCGGAACCAUCAUCCAUGGUACUGUUUUGGAUGUCGCGUCGUUCCAGCCUGACGUUCGUGUUGUCACCGAGCUUGACGAGGAACUUCACGAACAACUUUCUGUCACUGGUCGCUCACGAGUCCCUUUCGAUCCUGACUACGAUCGUAUUGCUUAUGCAAUCCAGCGUGAUGGUCUUCGCAAUGGUCGUCGCCUCAACCAAGCCAUGAACCACAACGCCGUCGAUAUUGCUCGUAUCCAGGCUGGCCUUGAUGUCCGCACCACUGUCAGUUUCAUCUCAUCAGACUUUGCUGCGUCUACUGACAUCAGUGUUCAGAUCAUGCUCCGCAACAUCCCAAAUCGCGUUGAUCAACCCAUGUUGAAGAAUCUCCUUGAUGUCACCAGCCGUGGCCGCUACGACUUCAUGUACCUGCGCAUUGAUUUCGCAAACAACUGCAAUGUCGGCUAUGCCUUCAUCAACUUCAUUGAUGCUCAGUCAAUCAUUCCCUUCGUCCUUGCUCGCGCCGGUAAGCGCUGGAACUGCUUCGCCUCAGACAAGAUUGCCGAGCUCUUCGUCGCCGGCAAUGUUCAAAAUGCCGGGCAAGAGGAGAAGUUUCCCGAACCUGACAACCACUCAAAGAUGCGUCGUUCAGUCGAGAAUGCGGAGCAUGUUGGUCUGUACCUCCCACUUCGUUUGAAUCCUGGCUGGUACCCCGUGCCAAAUCCUGGUGCUGCUGCCUUUCGUCGUCGCCGUCCAAUGCGUCGCACCGGAAGAUUCAACGUUGCCGAGAUUGUCCGCAAUGGUGUCUACAUGCCUCCUGCUCGUGCCAACAAGCCCACAACGAGCAGCCCUCCCAAGGCUUCUGCAAACAAGACUUCACCGACACGUCGCCGAGUUCCUUUCUUCAUUGACACUCGCAAUCCUUAUGACCCGUUUGCCGGUCGUCCCCGCCGCACCUUCUCUCCACAAGGCCAGGUGUACCGUGAAGAACAACGUCGUCGCCGCUCUCAAUUUGACCGAGGCACCCCUGGUGCUGAGAACGAGUUGGGCGUUGCACCUCGCUAUCGUCUUCAAGAUCCCGCGCUCGAACACAUGGGCAAUAUUCAUCUUCCACGUUAUUAA